AUGGUUAACAGAAAUGAAACAAUCAUUAUUGCUAUACUAGUCAGUUUAUUCAUAUCAAACUCGUUCCCAUAUAAGCUAGAUUAUCCGAAUAAGAUCAAGCUAUUUCCGAAAGAGCACGUAAUCAGUGACGUAAAACAAUAUGUCCCAUUAGAGGUUCAAGAUUGCGUUCGAAACAAAUCCUCAACGGACUCAUUCAAUUUAUACGACCCAUGCGCGUAUGGGAAAUGCAUGAACGAGAGGGGAAAGGUGUCCUGCCGCUGCUUUCGACAAUACACCGGUCGGUACUGCUCAGAGAGGAAGGAGAACAUCUGGUUUUGGGAGUUUUUGCCCUACGCGGGACCCACGAUUAUUAUUAUUGCAUACAUUAUUCUGACGACAUUGUAUGGAUUGUUGUCGACGGAGAGGAAAAAGGUGCAAUUAAUGAACAUUACGAAUCAUUUGGUGCCUAUGGAUCGGAUGGCGAUUAAGCACAAAUUCUUUUUCAUGCCGGUUUAUGAUGUUGUUAUAGCGGGCAAGCAGAAUAAUACAUUGAUUAACAAGACGAAUUUGAUUUCAUCGGAGAUAUCCAAGGCCAGUGUGAUAUCGAAGCCGGAAAAGCCGCCGUCCAAUAAAAAGACGACGCCGGUGAAGAGAACGCCGGGCCGCCUGCGAAAAGCGUCGCUAGUUAGCUCGAAUAGUCGAAUUACAUUCAAUGUGAACAAAUCAUCGGCGAGCUCGCAAACGUCGAAACUACCAACGAAUGAGAUGAAAAAGUUGACGGAUAACUUGAAAAAUACUUUAAUGCUGUCGGAUGGAGAAAAUAUGGAGGAGAAAGAUAGAAGGCUGAUCCAUUAUAACAAUUUCUUGGCGCGCCUCGAGGAUGAAAUGCGAAAUGGCCAGAAAGCUUGCGGUUUGAUCACGAGGUUUUUUCAAGAGCCCCGACAUGUUGAAGAUAUUCGAGGAAUCAUUGAUCUCGAGGAUCCUGAUAAACCAAAUUGGAGGCGUAAUGGAAAAGAUCGAAUGAAAACAGUUAGCGUUGCGAUUGUGCUUUGUCUACAUAUUGGAAUCGAUCCUCCCGAUGCUCCGCCGAAACCAGAAAUGUGCUCGAAGAAGCUCGCAUGGGUGGACCCAUUCAAAUGCGGGCCUUUGAAGGCCGCACACGAUAUUGCGCUUUCACUUCAGAAGAGCUAUGAGCGAUGGCAGCCGAGAGCCAAAACUGUUAGAUACAAAAUCGCGUGCGAUCCGCCAAUCGACGAUGUGCGCAAGAUUGCGACCAACUUGAGGCGUGUUAGCGGCGGCGAUCGAAUCUUGUUCCAUUAUAAUGGAAUGGGAGUGCCAAGACCAACCGAUAACGGAGAGAUUUGGGUGUUUAAUAAGAGUUUCACACAAUAUAUCCCGUUGUCGGUGUACGAUCUUCAAUCUUGGCUGGAAUUCCCGGCGGUUUAUGUUUGGGAAUGCCAUUCGGCUGGUGCGAUUAUCACCGCGUUUCAGAGAUUUGCCGAUGAUCAUCAAAAGAAUUGGCAAAGCGAUUUUGACAAGUGGCAAGAGGAGAAAUCGAAAUUGCCGGCGAUCUCGUCGACUAUGGAUCAAGCAGAGCAGGCACAAGCGAUGGGCUAUCCGGAGAAGUUUCCCAAAUUUCAUGAUUGCAUUCAUUUGGCUGCGUGCCGAGCUGGCGAAUUACUUCCUUUACAUGAUAAGAAUAUGCCGGCGGAUUUAUUCACGUCGUGCUUGACGACACCGGUGCAUACGGCGAUUUUGUGGUAUCUCGUGAAAACCGACAAACUUCAAUAUUUUCCCGAGAAUAUUCUUGAGACCAUUCCCGGAAAUUUGAACGAGCGCAAAACGGUGCUCGGCGAGCUCAAUUGGAUUUUCACGGCGAUAACCGACACGAUCGCGUUCACCUCGAUCGAACGCGAUAUCUUCCAGAAGCUGUUCCGGCAGGAUCUUCUGCUUGCUUCGCUAUUCCGCAGUUUUCUUCUCGCGCAACGCAUUAUGAGCGAUUAUGACGUGUUGCCGAUCUCGUGGCCGCAUUUGAAGAACACGUCCGAGCACGAGCUUUGGAGCAGUUGGGAUACGACACUGGAUUUGGUUAUGAAUUACGUUCGUGAGCUCAUAUUUAUCAAAAAUCACAAUGUGGUCUCGUCGGGAAGAGAAAUCUUGUUGAGAAGUCAAAUCUUCCCGUAUAUUACUACUGUUGACUUCAGCGCCUAUCAUGCGACCAAUGACAACACCAGCAAUAGCUUCUUUGUCGAUCAAUUGAAGGCGUUUGAUAUGUGGCUCACAUACGGAAUCGAUCGUGGCUCUCCGCCUCUUCAACUUCCCGUUGUCCUUCAAGUAUUGCUCAGUCAGACACAUCGCGUCACCGCGUUGGGUCUUCUCGCGAAAUUCUUGGACUUUGGACGAUGGGCGGUUGGCUAUUCGCUGUCGGUCGGAAUAUUCCCAUAUGUGUUGAGGCUCUUGCAGAGCAGCACCAAAGAAUUGCGGCCGCAUUUGGCGUUUAUCUGGGCCAAGAUUCUUGCUGUCGAUCCGAGCUGCCAGAACGAGUUGUUCAAAGAGAACGGCGACGACAGCAUCGGCUCGGCGGCGGCGUCGAAUCAACCGCGUCCGAGUCCGCUACCGUCGUCGAACGUGUUCUCGGUUGAGGAAUUUCAGCGAGCUGAUCGUCACGGCGUCGCGCAAUUAGGCGCUCGAUUCGCCGGAAGUCAUGUCAACGAUCGAACGCAACAAUUCAUUCAGCAACAUCACAAUUUCGGCCAUAUGACGCCGUCGCCGAGAAGCUCGAUGCACGGGCCGAUCAAGAAGAUUCCGGCGCCUCUUCGCUACAUUUAUUUUGUGCAAAUACUCAACGAUCCCGAAACGCCGCCGCGCCAAAAAAUUGUCGCCGCGUUUGUGCUCGCCAUGCUCACACAUAAUAAUUACAAAGUCGCUCAAGAGAACCUCACUGAAAAAGGAUUUGUGAAUCUUUGCACCGAGCUUCUUUGCGAUCCGGUUGCUUCGAAAUCUCGCCUUCUCAAAUUGUGGCUUCUCAUCGGCAUGGGACGAUUAUGGUCGGACUACGAUGACGCGAGAUGGCAGGCGAUUCGACUCGUUUCCUAUGAUCAAGUCAUCAAAGAGCUCGAGGACGUCUCGCCGGAAGUCCGAGCUGCCGCGGUGUUCGCUCUUGGAAGUUUGUUGAAGAACUCGUCGCAUUUGAAUGAGCACGCGUCUGCAAUUGAUGAGGAAAUUGCGGACGAAUUGUGCACAAGAUGCGUUUUCGAUGGUUCAGUUUUGGUUCGAGAAGAGCUCAUUGUGGCCCUACAGUGGUUCGUUUUUGAUUUUAUGAAGCGCUUUGUAAAAAUUGCGCAUGAUUUGUCGAAAAGUUGUAAUUUUGAAUAUCCGGCGCCGAAAGAGGAGCCGACGGAUGACGACGAAGAGGGCAUCGAUGUUGCGUCGACAUUGCGAACGCAGAAAUCUCAUCAAGAAACUGGAGAUUUUACACAGCGAUCGGUUUAUCGAAAGAAAAUGUCGACGAGUGUGUUCAAUGCGCCGUUCACCGAGGAAGUUUGGAGCGAUGCUCGUGGACAGAUUCGAUCAAUGAAGCAGGAAGUUGGAACUAUUGAGAGGGAACCAGAAGACGAUGAUUAUAAAAGCCGCGCGCAAGCUCAAAUCAAAUUUUUGGAGUCGAAAACAUUCAAUGAGCCGAUAGCUCGAACAUGGCUUGCGCUUUUGCGAUUGUCGCUCGACCCGGUGGAAAACGUGGCUCGAAUGGCGCAGAAAAUUGUGAAAAAAGUCGAAGAAGGCGCCUACGGUCUUGAAAUGGAAGUGUAUGAUUUUCUGAGCCGUCACGUGGUAAACGGCAAAUUCAAGAUCAAAAAAUUGGAUGACGAUACUCAGGUGCGGAAAGCAUCGAGCGCCGGUGUCACAUCGCUGGACGCGCCGACGACGAAAAGCGAGAAAAUGGCGAUCACCGAGAAGUUGGAGCGCGUUAAAUUUCAAAUUGGAAGCCCUGGACAGGAAAACAACGAGAAUGAGAGCGAUUCUCAAUCAGUGGCCUCAAAUCGUAGUAGUGAGGAUUUGCAGUUGAAAGCGCUUCAGAAGGAGCAGCAGAAGAAGGAGAUGCUGGAAAAAUAUGCGGCGAUGCCGAGAAAAGACUUUGUCGCGAUGUAUUUUGAUCAGGAUACGAUUUCGGGUGCUAAGAGGCUCACCGAAACGGGAAACGCGUUUACGCCGAAAAGGAGAACGGACAAAGUGUUGAAAGGCGGCAAUUUCUCGUCGAAAACCGAUUCGGCCUCGUUGCGCGAUGUGAUAAAUAAUCCGCUCGUCACCACCGAGUUUGUGCCGUGGUGCAGCCGAAUUUUUGUCGAGCCGAUUUUGGAUAUACUUGGGGAAAGAUCUGAGGAAAAUGACGACAACGUUUUGACGAAAACCUCGCUUUCGGAUUGGGCGAUUCAUGCGAUGGAAGGAAUGAAACAAAGUGCCGAUAUUGAAUAUUCGAACUACAAGAAUACACGAUACGAUCAUUGCCUUUGGAAAGUAAAUCUGACUCAUCCGGUUUCUAGUUUAGUUACUUCGAGACUUCGAAGGUGUAUGUAUGCGACUGAUGGAAAAAUGUUGACGAUUAUUCGGCAAGACACCGAUCCGCGAACAUUCCGCAAAUUUGAUUUGACCGAUUCGAAUCCGUUCAAUACGCAAAAUGUGUCAGAAUUGAUAUUGAUUAAUGAGACGUCGAGAGAAAUGAUAAUUGCGUGCAGUCGGAACGGCGUGAUUCGAAUUUGGGACCCGUGCUUCACGUCAUGGUCCGAUGAUUAUGAGUCGCCGCCGCAAUUGAUUUCCGGCGGAUUUCCGUUGGGCGAUCAGACGAGACUUUCAGACGAGAAUGGAAGCUGGCAUCAAGACAGCGGAAGAUUGAUAUGCACCGGAACGCGGAGUGUACACAUUUGGGAUGCGCACUAUGAAAAAACGGUGUCCGAAAUACCGUACCCGUCGGGAUUUGUGACGAGUAUGCAGCCGACGUCGAUGUCGGCCGAUUUGGACGACGAUCUGAUAGCCGUUGGCUAUGGCGAUGGACAAAUCGACGUGUUCGAUUUGCGAACGCCGAGAUUCCGGGCGACUCGAAUUCCAGCCGUGUGCGUUCCGACGACGUCGGUCUAUGAGAAGAAUGCGCCGUCGAUUAUGCAUUUGCGAUUCCGACGGUCGGGCGAUGACGGGAAAUUGUUUGCCGGAACUCGUGAUGGUGUCAUAUCGAUGUGGGAUCCGAGGAAAUCUACGGACCCAAUAAUCACGAUAGAGGCGCCGUGGAUGACCGGCCAACAUACGAACAUGUCGGUUCAUCAUGACGCGAAAAUGUGUGCGUCCGCCUCGGAUUCGACAAUUAUGAUAUUCGACGUUGCGAGCGGCGACAAGAUGGCGAAAAUUCUGCCGCCGGUGAACGCGGUCGACUUUGAGCGCUACUCGAAAGGCACGUUCUCGUUCUUGAAAUCGAGCGAGCGCGCCGAUGUUCAGCGAAGGUCGUCGAAUAAUUCAAUGUUGCCGAAAGUCACGGCGCUGACGAUGCAUCAAAUGAGAUUAAUGACAGUUGCUGGUUACGACGACAAUUCGGUAUGCGUGUACGGAGCAUUGAAGCCGGGACUCACUGCGGACCCGUCCAAAAUUGGCCAUUUGAGUAAUGAUGGUGAUAUUUUGAUACCGGUUGAUGAGAAUGGUACGAUUCUACCCGAAUAUCGAUAUUUGCUGAAUCCGAUUGUUGUUGAAAUUGAUGUUGGCAAAGUGAAUCAAUGGGACGGCCAGCCGCAGGUGGUGCACCUUGAGGAUGUUAAUCGUUUGCCGGCGAGUUUGAACGAGGCAGAACGGAAGGGAGACGAUUACAGCGAUGGUUCGCUUGAUGAGCUUGUCGUUCCGCCGCUUCCGAAAAUGGAUUAUAGCGAUUCAGGGGAAACCGACGAGGAUUUGCUGAAAGCCACCGAUUAUGAUGAUGUUGUUGAUCAGAAAGGCGAGUACAUUGAAAUCCCGCUGAAUAAUUUGGACGUGAGGCAAAGACCGGAGGAGAAUGUCGACGUCAUCAAGCCGAAUCCGAAUGAGCUUGGCGAGCCGAUUCCGUUUCAGAAGGAGGCCGAUUCCGAAGAAAUUGAUGAAAAAGUGGCGGCUGAAAUUGGCGAGGAUCUCAGCAAAACAGUUUUCGACAAUGUUUUGAUGAUAAUGCUGAUGAAGCGGAUGAAGGUGAAUCGCCAAGUGCAGCAGAAGAUCAGAGUCAAAGUGGUGGAUUGGCGGCGGAAGGCUAUGAGCUUGAGGUUCCAGACCUGA